GUACAUCAUCCGAAAACCUUCUGAUGAUUGUAACACGUGGCACGCAGACAUAACCAGACGCAGCCAUUUGCUAACUAGGAGAAACACACUGACACACACACACACCCCACACCCUACUCCACAGAGAGAGACUCGACAGGGUCGAAGGCGUCCGGCCGCAAUGGUGGGCCUCUCGAACGGCGUCCUGGGCGCCCUGAGCAUCGUGUCCCUCGUGGCCGCCGUCCCGCUCCUCGGCGCGGGCGCCUACCUCCACGACCACGCCGCCUCCACCGAGUGCCAGCGCCUGCUGCGGCUGCCCACCCUCGCCCUGGGCGGCGGGAUCAUCCUCCUCUCCCUCAUGGCCCUCUUCGGCGCGUGCUGCCGCGCCUGCAGCCCGCUCCUCUGGCUCUACGUGAUCGCCAUGUUCCUGCUCGUCGUCGGCAUGUUCUUCCUCACCGUCUUCGCCUACGACGUCACCAACAAGGGCGCCGCCACCGCCGCCGACGGGAGCGGCUACGGGGACUACCGGAUCGGGGACUACUCCGACUGGCUCAAGGACAAGGUCGAGGACUACGAGACGUGGCAACAGAUCCAGAGCUGCAUGGCCGACGCCGGCGUCUGCGGAGAUGGCCGGUUCAGCGGCCGGCUCGGCGGCGUCUCCGCGGGGAUCGACGCCACCGACUUCUACCGCCUGCAUCUGCCGCUCCUCCAGUCCGGGUGCUGCAAGCCGCCGGCGUACUGCGGGUACCGGGCGGUGAACGCGACGUUCUACGAGGCCCCGGCGAGCGGGCCGGGCACGACGGACGCGGACUGCCAGGCGUGGAGCAACGAGCCCAGCCUGAUGUGCUUCCGGUGCAACGCGUGCAAGGUGGGCGUGUUGGCCACCGCCAAGAGCAACUGGCGGGCCGUGGCCGGCGCCAACAUCGCCGCCCUCCUGCUCAUCCUCCUCGCCUACUCCCUCGGCUGCUGCGCUCUCCGCAACCACGACCGGCCCCGCCGCGGCGGAUACUACUACUGAUUGCUCCAGGGGAUUAUUAGUUGGUUUGAGGUUCAGGAUUCAGAGAAUCGGAGUAGAUUUUCGAUCUCGUGCCUUUUCUUUCUUCUCUUUGCUUAUUAGUGCAGUAGCAGUAAGUAGAGCUAGCGCAGAGGUAACAGAGUUGAUGUAAAAUUUGUUUGGCAUCAAGUCAUGUUCAAUGGUGUUCUUCAGAGUUCGAAUCGGCCCAACCUAUGAUCAUGCGUUCUGCUGUGACUGCCAAGCGGUUUUGUGCCGCUACCAUAAUGAUGAGUUGCUGACAGCCGGUAAGUCUAAAAGGCCGAGGCAAAGUCCUGUUACGCGUUAAGUCUUCUGAAAUUUUCCUUCCUCCAUUUUGGACCCCUGUUGUCCCCUCUCGUACGUUGAAGGACGCAUGAUGUAUCUCCGCUGACGUUUACCUUCGAUCCCCGCUUGUUUUUGCACCGCGCUACACUCAGAAAAGUGAAACGGGAAUGCACACCCUCGCUGUCUUGUUUCUCCAUUUAUUCAGCUCAAAUGGCAAAGUGACAG